CUAAAGAUUUAUGCACAAUAUGCAGGAAGAACAAACUCAUAAACCCACUGAACAAAAGUGGCUACCACUCGAAGCUAAUCCAGACGUGUGGAAUAAGAUUAUCCAUAGACUCAAAGUAAAUAGUCAAUGGAACUUUGUUGAUGUCUACGGCUUUGAGCCUGAAUUACUAGCCAUGAUCCCUCGUCCUGUUACAGCCAUCAUCUUCUUAUUCCCAUUGACUGAAAAUUACGAGAAGUUUAAGGAGGAAGAAGAAGCUCAUUUAGCGCGUCAUGAGCAGAACAUUAGCCCAGACCUUAUCUUCUUUAAGCAGACGAUUGCCAAUGCAUGUGGAAUGAUUGCCAUUCUUCAUGCGAUUGCUAAUAAUGAUAAUGAAAUAGUCGGCCCAGGAUUACUUAGUAAUCUUUUAGAAAAGGCAGCUCCAAUGUCUCCCGAUGAGAGAGCCGAGUUGCUUGAGAACUGUACUGAACUCUCUUCAGUUCAUCAAGAGGCAGCCAACCAAGGCCAGACACAAACGCCCGAUUUGGGGGAUGAAGUGAAUUUACAUUUUUCAUGCUUUGUAAAGGUUGAUGAUCAUUUGUACGAAUUGGAUGGUCGCAAGCCUUUCCCAAUUAAUCAUGGAAAGUGUACUGAUCUGGUUGCCAGUGCAGCCAAGAUUAUCCAGCAACAUAUGGCUCGUGACCCAGAUGAAACUGAAUUUAGUGCGAUUGCUUUGACAAAACAACCCCAAAGUCAGCAAUAAUUAGCACCAACAACCAUUGUAGUUGUUAGAGAGUUCUUUCUAUUAAUUUUCAAUACGAUACAAUACAUCUCCUAUUUGUCUAUAGCCAUC